AGCACGGAGCUUUCGCCGGAGAGUCGAGCCUCUCGAAGAGCUUUUCUCCCUCGUUCUUUUCAUCAACUGUGCUUCUCUCAUGUCCCCUUCGGACAAACGCGUUUCGCUAUUUCUUCUUGCACAUUAGUUUUUCGCCAACAUACCGUGGGUGGGUGCGUGCGUAUGUGUUUGCGGGUGCGUGUCUGUGCUUUUUUUCGUGUGUCCAUGUGCGUGUGUUACAUUUGCACGGUUUUAUCUGGGACAAAGCUGCCGACAUCGAAAAACCCCGAUGAAUGAUAAACUACGUGACCGGGAAGCGGUAAAAGGAAAUUCCCGGAGGGAGCGUGAAUUAUCGAAACUCUAGUGAGACAAGAAAAAGUGGGAAGGGGGAAUAUGAAAGAAGGAAAAUGGCGAAGGAAGGAAAAGAGAUCGGGCGAGCGCCGCUGGCAAAUCCUCUCGGGACUUUCGCCGCGUCGUAACGAUUUAGUUGUGUAAAACAGGUUGAAGAGGGUUGAGAGAGCGACCUGGUCGUUAACGGUCUCGUGAUUAUUUUUGCAUCGACCUGCGGAUCCCGGAAAUCAGAAGCGGAAGAUUAAAAAAACAAAGCCAGCGCAUACAGUCUUGAAGAAGGAGGGGGAAGGCGAGGGAGAGGUAAACGAGGCAACGGGGACGGAUUUGAAAGGAACUAAGACAGAAAGAACCGGAGUUGAGUGGUUGAUGUCGUAAACAUAUAUAUACGGCUGCGAAACAGUGGAUUUUGAGAGAUUUUUGCAAAGUCGAUGAAGAAGAAGGGGGAGGAGAGAUACUAAAAAAGAAUUUUUCUAAUCGCUCAGAUGAGCUUGAAGAAAGCUCUUUCACGUUCGGUGAGAUAUUGAUGUGGAAAUAAUUAGGUUUGAGAAGACGGCCAGUUCAACAUCAGAGGGUAUCAAUGUGAAGGGGAGGUGAAAAAACCCGUGUAUCUCACGCUCUUUUCAAGGCCGGAGGAGGAAUACAAACGUAACGAAAAAGAAGUAGAAGGGGUGGAAGGAAGAAAAAAAGCAAAAGAAAAUGACGCUUCUGGAAAGUACGUAGUUUAUGGCGCGGCAUAAAUAACGCGACGUGGCGCUGUGGCCUUUUCUGUACCAACACGACGAGAGCCAAGCCCCUGAAAAGGCGGCGAGGGGGGUGAAAAAGCAGAAGGAGAUCCAAAAGAAAAGGAAAGCCAAGGGAUACAAGCACGAGCGAUUUCGCGACUCGCAUAUCGCACGCCGGAGAAAGAGGAAGAAGGAAGAGUGUUGGGGAGGAGGGUGAGUGAAGAGAUCGAUGCCGCUUAAGGCUUGUACGGCUUGGUAAAGCCCAUCUAUCCCGAAAGUUUAUCCCGCGAAGAAGUGCGAGGAAUAACGAUAGAAAGCAUCGGCCUCAGCGAAGCCACAAAGACGAAAAGGGCCGAAUGGGAGCGGAGGAGAAAGCGAGAAAAGGAAUAUCGGGAGCUCAUAACUUGGAUAGCGACGGCUAAACAGCCCGAAAAAAAAAAUAAAAAUAAACGAAUCAAAAGUGAAAGAAGUACAUACGAGGAAGAAAAGGCAAAAGCGAAAGAGAAUUAACGACACGAAGGAGCUGUAAACGAAUCGUAAAACUGGCGCUGAAAAUACGUGAAUAUCCGUAUCGAUGGAAAUAAACACUAACAGAGUUACACCGGUGAAGAAUGUUGGAAAAAAAUAGAUAAGAAGCGAAAACUCACGACCAUCAGGAGCCCGUCAAAAAGGGGCAAACUGGAAGAAGAUAAGAGGACAAAGGGACAGUUCGAAAGGUGGAAAAUACGUACAGGAUCUUUCGAAAUAUUAAAAUCACGAAAUAGCAAAGCGAAAGAAGCAGGCGAUAAGUCGGAUCUCGAACGAGAGACAUUUAGGGUGAACAUUUUUUUUUAAACGAAUAGAAACAAGAAACGCAAGACAGCCUGCUGGAUCAUCUGACGACAUGGGGUUGCUGAUGUUACUCGUGGCAACAGCCAUUCUCUUGGGUUCCUGCCAGACGAAUGAGCAUGUCUCGUUUUACGGUGCGAGCUACAUCCAUUUUCCAGUGCAAGAAGCGAAGGGUGGUACGGACAUCAGUUUUCGCUUCCGAACCCACCUACCAGACGCGAUUUUGAUCCUCGCCGCGGGCAAGACGGAUUACUGUUUGAUCAAGCUCGAAGCUGGCAGAUUAAAGGUGCACAUCAAUCUUGGAGCCGGUGAGAGCGAACUUGCGAGCCCCAGUGGAUUAACCCUCAACGACCUAACGUGGCACGAAGUGAAUAUUACGAGACGAGAAGCGAAUAUAACGCUUCAGAUUGACGUUAUACACACUACGAGGUCAAUUCUGCCAGGAAGAUUUUUCGAGUUGAACAUACAUUACGGCGUCUACAUUGGUGGCCUCGGAUACUUCAACGAGCUAUUUCUAGGUCACACAGAAUAUUUGAGAGGAUGCAUGGCGGAUAUAACGUACAACGGAGCAAGGGUCGUGGAAUAUGCAAAGUCAAGGAAAAGCAAGUCCGAAGCAGUUGCUGUUACAUGGGGAUGUUCCGCUGAAUUUGAUGCCUCGAGAGACGUCGAAGUGAGUUUCGUUGAGGACGGCGCAUUCACUUCAAUACCGCGUCCGAUACCCAGGCACGGUUCAAGAUGGGAAUUCGAAUUGAAAACGGGAUCGGACAGUGGGAUGCUGCUGUACAACACGGGACAUGCCUCUCACGCCGAUUACUUGGGUAUCGAGCUUCACAAUGGCAAUAUACGAGUUCUGAUGAACAAAGGAAACGGACCUAGCGAGCUGACACACACGAGAAACGUGACGGAUGGAAAGUGGCAUCGUGUGAGCGUGGAUUUCAAUCCAAGCAUGAUUACGAUCAAAAUCGACGAGCUCGAGAAACGAAUGAAUCUGCCAUCCGGUGGUAAUCGUUAUCUCGAUCUUGCCGAGACUAUUUACAUCGGGGGUACCGAAUUGAACAAGAGAGCACGCGCCAUCGCAAAGGGAUUGAAUUCGGGACACAAAAGUUACAAGGGUUGCCUCAGAGAUAUGACACUGGAUGGGAAACCCCUCGGUCUACCGGACGUCAAAGUCAGUCAGGGCAUAGUUGCUGGUUGUGUUUGGCGAUACCCGUGCUUCAUCGACAAAAUGCCAUGUCGUCGAGAUUCCAUCUGCCAGCAAAUCGGCGUCGCCUCCUUCAACUGUAAAUGUGACCUGCGAGAUUCUUGCGUCAGGGAUGAUUACGUCGACGAUAGUGCGGUAAACGGAAGCUCGAAUUUGCCUGUCAACCUGGAUAUCCUGUCGUUGACUCCAUUAUCUGUUUUCGAAGGGGAAAAAGUGUUUCUGAGCCGGGAUAACAUCGAUGUGAUAAUGGACGUUGUGAGAUACGGUAUGGAGGAUGACGGGAUGGGAAUGGUUGUCAUUAUUCCACCAGCACACGGUACGAUCAGCCAGGAAACACGGACACUUGAGAGGAACAGUUCGUUCACGUUGCGGGACAUCCAUAUGGACAAGAUUCAGUACAUUCACGAUGGCAGCGAAAGCACGUCAGACCGGAUGAUCCUGGAAUUGAGGCUGACUGGCGGUGCAGACUUCAAGCUGCCUAGUUAUCUCGAAGGUGGCUUGAGAUUUCCACUUGGCGUGAACAUCACGCCGGUUAACGACCCACCCGUACUCGAAAUACCCACAACGAAAGUCCUCCGGCUUGCUCAAGGGACGAGGCGAACGCUGAGUAAAGAACUCGUCUGGACGGUGGACGCUGACACGCCUUCGGAGAUGCUGACCUACACUGUUCUUAGAGCAGACACGGACGCAGGACACGUCGAAAGACUGAGCGAGCCCGGAAAAUCCAUAGUGACCUUCACACAGGCCGAACUACUACGCGGUAACAUCGCGUACGUCCAUCGUGGAAACGCAAAAUCAAAUGCCCUGCUGGGACUCCAAGUGAGCGAUGGACAGGCGAGCAGUCUUUCAGGGUUUCUCCGGAUCUCUGCGUAUCCUCUUCAAAUAAAAUUAAUACACAACACGGGCCUGGUGGUAGUUCACCGUUCGUUCAGCCAUUUGCGAUCGUCGAAUCUAUCUUUCGCAACAAAUUCCGACGACACGAGCAUCGAGAUACUUUAUCAGAUAGUGACACUUCCGAUGUACGGUACGUUACAAAGAUUCAAUAACUCGACUGGCUCGUGGACGAGCGUUGAUCGUUUUACCAGUCGCGACAUCGAGAACGAAAAUAUACGUUAUCUGCACAAUAUCGAUAUUCCAAGCACGGACGAAUUCAAGUUUCAAGCAAGCGUACGGGAAGUAAAGACUCAGCAGAACUUUGAUUUUCGUAUAAACUUUAUCGACCUGGAGUUGAAGGAGACGAAGAGAAUGGCGGUGAACUUUAGCAAUGGGAUCGAAAGUCAUGUGAGCUCGGAGAACUUGAAGUAUCAAACGAACCCGCUGGUCACUUAUCCUAGUAAAAUCAAAUAUACCAUUAUGACGGGAACCAAGUAUGGUUACGUAGUGUUGGUUGAUUCGAUACUCCGAGACGGUGAUACGUUCACACAGGAUGAUAUCGACGCUGGUAGAAUGAAGUAUCGCCUCUUCAAGAGCCCGUACUCGUCUAUUCACGAUGGCUUAACUUUUCAAGUAAGCGCACCCCAGUGUCAAUCGAUAUUGUCCAAUCUCAGUCUGAUAUAUAAUCGUUCGGGAAAGAACACCAAAAGUUUGGAGCAUCACGAAACCCUCAGAGCGGAGGAAGGCUCGAAAGUUCCUCUCAAUAUCAUCUUCCCAGACGCGAAGACUUACGGAGCCGACAAAAUUUUGUACAACAUAACGAUUAUGCCUAAAAACGGUUGGCUCACGGUAGACUCUCCGGAUGGGGUGGUAAUCCGCGAGAACGCUACUUACUUCACGUCCGAUGAGCUCGAGGAAAAACGCGUCAACUAUCACCACGACGACAGCGAAACCGAUCGGGACCUUUUCAAAUACGUUGGGGUCGCGAGCGACGACACAGAUUUCAUGUACGCAGGCCUCUUCGACGUUCGAGUUAAGCUCCUGAACGACAAUCCACCGAUCAGAAAAACCAUUAAAGAUUUUCACGUCGUUACCAACGGCGAACGGCCCUUGAGCAGUGACGAAUUGUCAUACGUCGAUAUCGACACUGGCACAAAUCCAAACGACCUCGUUUACCACAAAAGAAAUACCGGCAACGUAUCCGCUUACCGAAUCGAUGAUAACUCUCGCCGAAAUCUCAACGAAUUCACACAACAAGAUAUUAACGAUCGUAAAAUCAUGAUCAAGCACAACAAUGGCGAUGAGAGAAGCGAUUUUCAAUUCACCGUAACCGACGGUCAAUGGAAGAUCAAUGAUCGGCUUGUCGUCAUAGCGAGCCCGCCCUACGUGCAUUUCCUCAAAAGCAACGCUUCGAUCGUGCGAUUCAAUGCUUCGGUCAUUCUGACCCUUCGGGAAAUCGACGUUGAAACUAAUGUGAAUAUUAACGACAAGGAAAUCAAAUUCGCCGUAAUAGCGCGACCCAAACACGGCGCAGUACUUCGAAACGGUCGGGAAACUUGGAACUUUUCCCGCGAUGAUUUGAUCCGCGAGACACUAGCUUAUCGGCACUACGGUAAUUCGUCGUCCAAAGACGACUUCAAGAUUCGUGCCCAAGUACGCAAUGUCAGCUCCGAAACACGAGUGACAGUCAAAGUUUACGGCAAAUCUUACUGGGAAGCGUUGAUCAUUCGAAACAAUCGGACUAUUCUCGUUGAAGAAACGACCAGCGUCGUGCUGAGCAGAAAAAAUCUGGACAUUCAACAUCCGAACAUAACGCCAUCGGAAAUCGUGUACUUCGUCCGCGAGAGACCAAAGUACGGCUACUUGGAAGUUCAAAAUAACGACGAGACCCAUACGGAGGAAACGUCGAAGGAAGAGGAUGAUCCCAGCCUCGUUAAACACUUUGAUCAAGCUAUGAUAAACGAGGGUCGUAUAUAUUACGUUCAAUCGAUGAUCAACCGUACGCAAGAUCAGUUUGUAGUCGACGUUACGAACGGGGUGACUUGGACGCGUGGCCUAGUCGUUAAGUUCGUCAUAAUACCUGACAAAGUUUACAUCGAAUCAGCUGGAAAUCUAACGGUUCUCGAAGGCAAAAGUUUUGUAUUAAAACCCGCCGAUUUCAGAGUUGUGACGGCUUAUUACGCGGGCAAGAUAACCGAUUAUCGCAUCAUCGCCAAACCGAAACACGGUGUUAUCGUUGAUUCAACGAGAAAUAACGCGAUCAAGAAGUUCUCUCAGAAGCAUCUCAACGCGAGUGUCAUUGUCUAUAAACACAACGGUGACGAAUACCCUCAUGAUAAUUUAAGCAUCAUCGCAAUCGCCGGCGACAAAACUAGUGGACCCAUUGAUUUCAGGAUAAACGUCAUUCCCAUUAACGACGAAAUACCCGUGCUCGUUAAUCAUACUGAUAUCGACGUAUGGCAAGGUGGCAGCGUUGUUAUCAAUUCCCAACAAUUAGCGAGCGUCGACAACGACACAGGACCUAAUGAACUUAUUUACAAUUUGACCAGUGUCAGGAAUGGAUAUUUAUGGCACAACGAUACGCCUCAUGUCUACAUCUAUAAUUUCACCCAGGCGCAGAUCAACCGGGGCAACAUCAUCUUCACCCAUACGAAUAGCACCGCAGCAUCAUUCUCCUUCGUUCUAUCCGACGGAGUACACUCAACAACUAAUAAUGAGAUUUCCAUAACGACAAGACCCGUCGAACUUACGAUCAACGUCAACAAUCCGUUGAACGUAUUUCCCCUCACGAGAAAAUCGAUCUCGACGAUGUUACUCGUAACCACGUGUUCUGAUCCCAAACGCGACGUGAGAUAUAGCGUGCGGAAAAGACCUAACUUAGGGAAAAUCAUAAUGGAAACUAGUGAGGGAACUUGGCAGGAAGUCGACCGAUUUACUCAGAACGACGUGAAUGCGAGCAGAGUCACGUACGAGCACACUAAACAAUUUAUGGAUCUUUCAACCAACGAUUCCUUCGUAUUCGAGGUGGAAACUCAUUUCGCCGAACCCAUAGCAAAUCAGGUAUUUCGAAUAGACGUUUCCGUAUCGAGCGGCGGUUUGGACAGAUACAUAACGGCGAAAACGGUGCGGGUGGAAGAAGGGGGAUCGGCAAGCGUCGUCAUGAAUAUAAGCGGGAUCAUCAAAUAUCUGCGAACGAAAGCCGGCAUCGAGUCACCAAUCGUACUUUCAAAAUUAGUUAGCCAGCCGAGUCACGGUCACGUGAUGUUACUGCCCGAUUUAAACAUAACGACAUUCGAUCAGCAGCAGAUUGAGAACGAGAAAAUAGCCUAUUACCACGAUCAUUCGGACACCCUGGAGGACCGUAUAGCCUUCUCACUGUACCUCUCGCCAGGUCACGUAAUGCUAUGCAACACGAGCAUACCAGUGGUUAUAAAUCCGGUGAACGACGAGCCGUUUAGGCUCAUAACGAACGAGCCGUUUAUCACAGUAGUUCAAAAUCAAACGCGAACGAUAAAACGCACGAAUCUCUUGACAAUCGAUCCCGAUACAGGACCGGAUGGCAUAGUGUACGAGCUCAUUUCCGGGCUAACUUGUGGCCGAUUUCUGCUGGUGCCAUACGAACAAAACACAUCGGACGUUCAACCGGUCACCCGAUGGACGCAAGAUGACAUCGAUAACAAUCGGCUCGUCUACGAGCACAACGGUACCACUCAGGCCGCCUCAUUCUACUUCCGAGUGUCCGAUCAAAGUUUCAAUCCAGUUUACAAACUGUUCAACGUCCAAGUUUUACCGAUUCGCCUGAACGUGACCGUAGCACAACCAGUCAGCUUGCCCCAGGGUUCCAACAUGGCAGACAUAUCAGAAAACAACGUGAAAUUAGACACGAACGCGCGACAGGAACAGGUCAUGUAUGAAAUAACUGAAUCACCGAAACACGGGAUGCUCUAUGUGCGAGACGUUGCAGCUAUAAACUUCAAACACGCUGAUUUGCUCUCGAAAAGUGUGAUUUUCGUGCAAACCGAUAUGAGCGUGUCGAACGAUAGUUUCUCCAUGACUGCGAGACUGAGCAAUUAUCGAACGAGCGAAGUCAGAGUCGACAUUAAAGUCGCGCCGUUGAUGAUAAUGCAAUCGAUGAGCGCAAUCGCAGGCGAAAAGACACGGAUGACGCGCAAGCACAUGGACGCUACGCCUUUGGCUGAGUUGACCCGCAGUACGCCGCAAUAUCGGAUCACGAGGAAGCCGAAAUACUGCAAGAUCAAACGUAUAAUCAGAAGUUACGGGGACAAAAGAGUGUCCCGCGAACGAGAAGUGUCCAGGUUCGCCCAUUCCGAAAUAAUAUCCGAAGUUAUUUACGUCGUCUGCCGUAGGUUACCACCAACCGAAGCUGACGGAUUGACCGACAACUUUGAGUUUAGCCUAACAGCCGCGAGUUAUCAACCAGCGACCGGUCUUUUCGUAAUCAGAGUCAGAAACAGUUCGGGCGAGGCAAACAGCACUUUGAGCGGGCCAAUGGACCCCGUUGGUCACGAGGGAGAAAUGGCCGUAGCCCCGAAUACGAGCAACGAUUACAUACUCAUAAUCGGCAUGUUACUCGGCGUCUUUUUGCUCGGUGUCGUUGUUAUAAUAACGAUCAGAUGUCGUCACAAUCGGUACAAACACAACGACGAGGACAAACAAGCGGAACCCAGUCCUGCUACCGUCGGCGUCAUACCCCUACCAAGACCUCCCGAUCAUCUCAUGCCUGCAACCAGCUCUAGACACAAUCUCAAGCGUUUCGGCGAUCAUGCAAGCGGCGUUACUUCCAGUACACCUUUGCCCAUUCAACCCACCACUACUACAUCCACUUUGCCGCAGUGCAAAGUUAUACCGCUCAGUGCUCUUGAUAGUGUAACAGGCUCCGAAGCCGAUGUUUCCUCGAGAUAUCCCUACGGCGUUGCGGACGGCGACGACUGGAGCAGCUUCGAGACCGGGGAACUUCCAUGCCAAACGGCCACCACUCGGAGACCGAACCCUCUUUUACGGCGCAAUCAAUAUUGGGUCUAGCAGGAGGCCCAGGCCCAAAUGGGGCCGCGAUACCCUUUGUGAGAUACGUUCGAAUUAAACGUAUAGUAUAAUACAUGAACUCAGCUGUGACACGCCUAACAAAGACUUUACACGUUGUAUAACCUAGAUUACUAACGUUAUAUUUAUCUAUCCAGGGCUCCUGCGGUAUUGGGCGAUCCGGUCAUUUCGUACAAACGCGACCUUUACUCCACCCCGAACGAUAAUCCGAUCGAACGUUUUUUAUCGUUUUAUAAUCACGACCUUUCAUUUCGGAUCAUUCAAUAACCACCCACCGGGAAUUCGUUUUAUUGGGAAAAAGUAUAAAAACUCGGUGAACCGCGAGCCAGCAGAUGAGAGGGGAGACCGAUACUGGUUGGCCAACUUUUCAAACUAUUGUUUGUAAACAUGGAACUAAAGACGAUUUGAAAAACCAACUGGUUAUUUCGAAUAGAAGCAACCUUCCUCUAUCUCAGAUGAAAAUUUGAAUUUUUUAAUUUAAAACGAAAUGAGUUAUUGAAUUGCUUUUUUAACGAACUGUUUUUAUGUCAACCGACCCCACGGUCGAGGCAAGUUGACACGAGCAUUGGGGCAAGUUGACUAUCGUACCAUUUUUACCUGAUAAUCAACUAAGUAUUAGUGAAAUUAAUAAAAACGGAUAGUUAUCAAUAUUAUUCAUUUGAUGAUUCGAACAAUGUAUACAAAAUAGUGACAUACGUGAAUGUAAAGAUAAUUUUUGUCCAUAAGCGUGAGAAAAAGGAAUGUUUGAUCCUCAUCCUCGUAAUUAAAAUCAAAAUUGCAGUUUUUACACACAGAAUAUUAUUAUAUAUUUUUACUGGCACACCUCGAGUGGGUCCCAUUUAGAGCACUCGUAUACGUCGACACAUGCGUUAACCAACUCCAUACCACUGUUGGCCUACUCUUACCCUGCACUUCUUUUUUUAGCAACAACGUUCUACCAGCAAAUUAUAGCGAUAAUUAGGAAAAAUACAGUGCUCUAUUAUAGUUCAACGUACGAAUAUAUUCACGUAGAGGAUUAUUAUAAUAAUUGGGAUAAAAUUCGAGGCAGCAGGAGAUUGAUAAGAUUGACGUAAAAAUUUGGUUUUGUAUCUGGAUUUACGAAAAUUCUUCACUGUUCCUAAACGACGUGUCGCACGGACCCGUUGGGACAUAUGAAUGAGAAAGAGGUUGCAAUGAACAAUUAUAUCAACCGGGCGUAUGUUUACAUUCCGUAGUUUGGAUGUUAUUGUUUAUUGGUCAACUCGCGCCGUUGGCCAACUAGCCCUGGUCUCCUCUACUGCUUGUUCCCGAGACUCUUGAUAAGGACGAAGCUCUUGAUUAAAGGCCAAUUUCAAAGAAACGAAAUGAACUGGUGACAACUCUGAAUGAUUCCUGAUUACUUUUACCCGCGCGAUUAAGCCCGAAACGAACCAGCCGGCGCCGCCCAAUCCGAGUUGACCUGUAUAUUAUAUAUACGUAUAUAUACAAAUAUAUUUAGUUAUAGAAUUAUAAUUGAGGAAUGACGUAUGUUGAGGCGGUGCAAGACUGUUUGUACUUUUUCUUCGGUUAACAAUGACGAUCGAACUAGCGGGUUUGCUGGCCAUAUUCUACGCUCCCGUCCAUGUUAGGCGGGAUCAGAAGCCCGCAUCCUCCACCUACUCGGUUUGCAUUAUUAGGUUAUUUUGUACAUAUUAAUAGGUUUAAACAAACGGCCUCAAUCCUUAAAACUGAAGAAAGAAAAUAAUGAAACUAUUUCGGAAAAUAAAAAAAAGAGCGUUGGUAUAUCACAAAUUGGCAGAAUGUCGAAAACGUGAAAAUAACUUUUGAUCGAUGAGCACGGUUGGCGAAUCGCGUUGCUCCCCGUAAUGGUAUUUUUGACCAAUCCAUUCGAUAUUUAAUAUUCCUCUGAAUGCUAACGAACGCGGUCACCGAAUCAUUCAUUUUUUACGGAAGGAUAACAUUUCUUUCUUUCGUUGAUUGUUUCUCGCUGCUUUCGGGCACGAAAAUUUAUUUCCGGGUUGCCACCCAUAUUUUGCGAAUCAAUCCCAUUUGAUAUUGAAUCGACAACUGGAUACGAGCGAAAAAUGUUUGCCGGGAUAACGGUCCUCCCAACCUUUCAACGACUUUUUCACAAAGUUCUUCUUUUCAUUUGAAAACGACAAGCCAAGCAUGACAAAUCGAACCAAAAACGAGACUAUCCCUUGUAUAAAUGCGCCAAAGAAAUCUGUUUCAUAAAAGAAGAAGAGGCGGAAUGGCUGAAUGGGAAUUUACGAAAGUACAUUUUCCCUCAACCUAAUCACGGUAAUUAAGUCAUUUUCAGAAUCACUAGGAUUAAAUAUAAAUAUGGUGAGAAUACGAGCGCGGAAGUUUUAGGAGUCGAUGUCAUAUUAAACGAUGGCCUAUAUGCUUGAGGGCCUUCGAAACGGCCGAAAAGCGCAAGGGUAAAAAAAGAUUAUUGUAACAAAAAAAGGUCCCGGAUUCGAAGAAAAAAACGAAAUACAGAGCAAAUGAUACUUUAACCGUAAAAAAAGUAAAUAACUAUGAAAGAAAGUUGCGUAUACUUGCACCGGUUUACUCGGCCUAAAAAUAUUUAAUCGGAACAAAAACACUCACACACACAAACACACACACGUAUAUAUAUAUAUAUAUUAAUAAAAAUCAAUCGGACUGUCUGUCUAUAUACCACGAGAAUAACACGAAAUAUAAUUUUUUUACUUUUACACACUUAUCAUUUGGCGUAGUUAUAGAUAGUUUUAUCGCGCACUUUUUCAUCGCGAUAUCACGUACACACAUUUAUAUUUAUAUAAACACGUAUAUGUGCUCAAAAAAUGCAUGUAUGUGUACGUUUAUGUAUAAAUAUGAAGGUUAAUUAAACAAGACCUAAUUUUAUUUUAGACCCAAGAAAGGGGGAGAAUAAGGAUGACGAAUGAAGAGAACUUUCAGCAAGCCCGGCAUAAUUAUUUAAACACGAAAGCGCAUGUAUUCAUAUGUAUAUGAUAUAUAUGUACAUAAUAAAUAUUCGACUACGAAGGGAUUUGCAAAAAAUCGGAGGAAAAACGUCCAGAAUACGACCGGUCGAUGUUAUACGUGUCUUAUAUGAUAAAACAUUAAAAACCGAUCGAUGUUACGUGUCUUAAUGUUUUUAUUGUAAGUAUAUGAAGAGAAUUAAAAUAUUAAUAUCGAUCGCACGGGAAAUUUGAUCGAGGAUGUUUAAUCUUUAUUCGAUCACCCGAAAAUACUUGAGUCGCAAAAAUACUACUAUUGGAGAUUAAAAAAUAACGUGCUAAGGCAUAUCAUCGUUUGGCGAUGCACAACCUUCUAUGGCCUAAAAUUUACAGUAUAACUAUUAAUGCUGUUUGCAAUUAUGGAAAUUCAGUCUUUUCAAAACGUGUAGCACGUUUUUGUGACACUUUUCGGGAAAUAUUCCAAAUCAUAAUUUUCUUUCAUUUUUUCUUACAACUCCGAUUUAUUUGGAUUCGAUUCUCAAUUGAUUAUCCUGUAAACAAACACCGAGAGACGAAGCUAUACAACUUUAAUCACACACGCGGCUACGAAAUCAUUCAAGCUCAUAAUAGACGGGGACUUUGCCAGUUAAAAAUAUUAGAAAACCAAUCGAGCAUCUCUGAGCUCUCGCAGAACGAUAAUUCUACAAAUUCGUCGGAUUUUAUCAAAUUUCAUCGCUGGUUUUAUCAUUUUUUUUUUUUUUUUUUUUUUUUUUGAAUCUCUUAUUUAACCGAAAUUAUUGAACCGUGAAUUGAAUAUGAUGCUCCGAUAUAUAGAAAUCGGCUUGAUGAUUCAACCUCAAUAUAGUAACAAAAAAUACAAAGAAUGAAGUUCAAAAUGACAUUCCGGAGAUAUCAAUCGAUUGAACGUAUAACACGAAAAUCCUCGUGAAUUAAUAUCAACAGAUAAAAAACGUACGUUUGCGUCAGUCUGAGAAGAACGAAAGCUCGAUACAGCCAAAAGAAGAUGGAAAGUUAUAAAGUUUCAAAGAAAAAAAGCGCGAUAGUCUCUCCUUUUUUGGUCAAUAGUUAUUCACCAUAGCAGAUACGAUUAAUCAAAAGAUUAUUCGAGCGUGUUUCAGUAUUACAAUAGUAUAUACGUAAAAAGGGAAAAAUGAAAAGAGAAACUAAGGAAAAAAGAAAACAGAGGAAUAUAUGAGCGUUGAACGAAUAAGAGAUAAAGAAUGCCUCGCGCCCGUUGACUUAUAAGUGAGUUUGUUGAACGAGAGAUGAUUGAUUUUUUUUGUAUUUUUCAAUAUAUUCAAUCACCUUAAACACGUUGAAUCAAGAACUUCUACUUCGCAACACCGGAUUAAAAAAUAGAUUAUUGUAAUGCGCGUAACGUUUCAUCGUUCCGUAUAUAGUGAUAUUAAAUUAUACGGAAAGUAUAUUUCUGUAUGAAUAAACAAAAAAGAUGAGACGAACAUUAUUUAAUGUGUUGCAGAUCAAUUUCGCUAUUAUUAGUUUUAUAGAUUCACCUGAAGUAAAACAAUAAACAAUGUUACGCUCGAGAGGAAUAUUAUGAUUACCAUUUUGGCACCCUCUGUCGAAACUCUCUCAAGCUUCUUUGCAUGUGGGGCAUUCCAGGCCAAAUCCACCACUUUCGAAUCCCCGACCUCUUUCGAUUGGGCGGAACUUUUUUAUCUUUUUCUACUGUACUAAAGAAAAUUUUUCAAAUUUUUUUUUUCGAGCCCAAAAAUAGUUGUGAAUUUAAAACAAAAAUGACGUGAUUCUUGUUCAAAGUGAUAUAACGUUUUCGAAAAUUGAUUUAUUGGGACGUUUUUUUUUUAAGUUUUAUCUUCGAAUGUACUUUUCAGAAAAAAGUAUCAAAAGGUCAUACAAAUCCAUCUUCAACGUUGUUUUUUGCCAUUUUUAGUUUUUUUUUUUCCUUUUCUCCAUAAGAAACUUUGACACUUUCUACAAGUUUGAAAAUUGAAAAAAUCCUAAAAAAUUUCUCUGGUACAGUAGAUAAAGAUAAAAAGGUUUCUUCAAAAUCAAAAGGGGUCGGGUUCAAAAGCGGUCGAUUUGGCCUGGAAUGCCCCAUAUACGUUUCUUCACAUACCCUUCUUUGUAUUCUUACAAAUCGAUGCGAUAUAUAUAUGGAAGAUUCACCUCCCCAAUCACCAAACAUGUGAAAACUUUUUCCGCUAUAAUUUCAGUUAAAUAACAAUCAAAACUCCCCGAAGAAAAAUCGUUAAUUUAAGGAGCGAAUGAACUAGGACGUAUCUUUUUAAAUAAUCUACGGUAAAACCCGACAUGAGUGCCAUAAAAUUUAGAUAUCCUGUAAUUAAGUUAUGAUAGCUGUGUAUUUUCCCUAUCCCGAAGGAUGAAUAUAUAAAUAUAUAUAUAUAUAUAAAUAUAUAUAUACAUGUAUGAAUGUAGAUGCACACAUUUAUAUAUGUAUAUAUCAUUAACUUGUAAUUGAAAAAUAAAAUGAAUGUGCAACGGUUAUACAAGAAAACUUUUCAGAAUGAUAAAUAA